AUGUCGUCUUCGAAUCACGCACGAGUAUCUUCACGAGCGGAUCGAAGAACAACCACUGAAAAUGGAGCGCAACCCCGCGCUCCAGUAGACCACCAGGGUCGAAGUAGCAGAACUGAACGACCAGACCCUCGACGAACACAGUCGCCGCCGAGCCAAAAUGCAGCUUCCCACAAAAGGGGACCUUCGGGGUCUCAGCGGACGAGUAGGGCGGUCGAGGAAAGAAGAACAGAGAGGACGCAUGUCACAACUCGAGAAACAGUGACAAGAACGAGAAGCCCAGAAAGGAAAUCCGCACCAGUGCCUCAGACGGAAAGACAUAGACCGCCAGAAUUAUCUAGGACCAAUUCGAAUGAUCCUCGACCACGUUCUUCACGAGCAGAAACACCUCAAUUACCAUGGCUCCCAGAAGUAUCUUUAGUCCCCCAUACAACAGCACCACUGGCGUCGCGCAUAUCAAUACCGCCUCUCGUAUCCCAAGCGCCGUCUUCCCUGCAGCCGAUACCACUGUCAGAAUUAACCUUGGAAGUACAAGAAGCUGCUAUACUCGAGGAUCUGUUGAUGGUAUUGAUGGGAUAUGAAGGGCAAUAUAUACGCUUCGCGAAGAACUACAACCCUUCGUCAGAAAAAGACCGCCUGGGUGGGCCAGCGUUCAAGAUCUUACCAGGACUGGAUCCUAGUCUGCAUGAUUUGACAACCACGAUGUUGAAAAUGGCAACCCAUUAUGGAGCUAUUGAGGCAUUUGUGGAAGUUCAGAGCCGCGAAGAGUUCGGAGCUGUUGUUCACGCAUUAUGUGCGGCGAUACGAAAAUUGAUGCAUGACUAUCUGAUUUUAAUAGCGCAACUGGAAACUCAAUUCCUAACGAAUCCAUCUUUUACUCUUCAUGUAUUAAAUCUACAUACACUACCGACAAGCCACAUGAUGUUCCAGGUGUACUCUUUGGCUCAUGAAAUUCUGAAGCGAAAUUCGCUGCUGGAAGAAGAUAUUGAGGAGUCAGAUGAUGAUCUUGACAACGUCGAAAAUCUGUUAGCGAGGCUGAAGGAACCGGGAGCAAAAAGAAUUUUUAAAGGAGGCAAUGUUCUUGGUUUGAUCUCAAAAAGAUUAGAGGCCAUGUCUGGAGAUCCUGCGGCACGAUCACUUCUUACCGCUCUACUUCGAGACGCGAGCCGACCUUAUAUGAUGAUGUUGAACGAAUGGCUACACCAUGGAAGUAUCAAAGACCCUCAUUCUGAGUUCUUGAUACGGGAGCAGAAGAGCAUCAAUCGCGCGGGUUUAGACCAAGAUUAUACUGAUGAUUACUGGGAAAGGCGGUAUACUAUCCGAGACAAAGACGUUCCUCCGCACUUGGAGGCUUUGAAAGAUAAGGUUAUGCUGGCUGGAAAGUAUCUGAACGUGGUCAGAGAAUGUGGAGGUGUCGAUGUUAGUAAAGCCGUGACAGACGUCCCACGAUCGUUCGGCGACAAUAGAUUCCUGGACAACGUCAACAAUGCAUACGCGCACGCCAAUCAGUCUCUAUUAGAAUUGCUCCUUACCACACAUGCAUUACCAGCUCGUUUAAGGUCUCUCAAACAUUACUUCUUCCUGGACAGGUCUGAUUUCUUCACCUACUUUCUCGAACUUGGUGCUUCAGAGCUUCAAAAGCCAGUUAAAAAAGUCAACACGGGAAAGCUGCAAUCGCUGCUUGACUUGGUAAUACGACAACCUGGCAGUAUUGCAGCCCAGGAUCCUUUCAAAGAAGACAUCAAGGUUGAAAUGAAUAACAUCAGUCUCACAAACUCGUUAACACGAGUUGUCAACAUUUCCGGUAUUGAGCAAGGCGAAUCCCUCCAAACGCCUGCCCCACAAUCGUCAACUUCAGAUGUGGAUGAUUCCGCCUUGGGAUUUACCUCUCUUGGAUUGGAUUACAUAGUUCCAUUCCCUGUGUCACUCGUGAUCAGUCGGAAAACGGUUUGGAGGUACCAAGCAUUGUUCCGCUAUCUUCUCUCUCUUCGCUAUCUUGAGCAACAAUUAGUCUCAUGCUGGCAGUCACACAACAGAUCCACAGGCUGGACACACAAAAGUACCGACAGAAGGAUUGAAAUUUGGAAGCGAAGGACCUUUACCUUGCGUGCUCGAAUGCUUGUAUUUGUCCAACAGCUCCUGUACUUCUGUACUGCAGAAGUCAUUGAGCCCAAUUGGCAAGCAUUGAUGGCCAAAUUGAAUGGCAAGGAUGAUACCAAGGGCGGCACUUCCUCAAUUAGGACUGUUGAUGAGCUCAUGCAAGACCAUGUCGACUUUCUAGAUACCUGUCUGAAAGAAUGCAUGCUUACGAAUAAGAGGCUCCUCCGGAUACACUCGAAACUGAUGCAAACUUGUACUAUGUUCGCGACGUAUUCCACGUGGCUCUCCAGAGAGCUGGAGAGGAUCGAUGAACAGUUGUCCGGCAAUGAAAAGCCCCGAAAUAUGAACAAGGAUCAAUGGGAAAGGUUCAAGGUGGAACGUGACGAACGAAACGAGCGAAAUCGCAGACAUGGCGAUGUACAGUCGGCCAAUGCGUCGUUUGAGAGAAUGGAUGAGAAUAUAAAGAAGUAUGAGGAGAAUUUUAGCCAUCAUCUACGGAUUUUACUGGACUCUCUGAACCAUUAUGCAGCCACAGAAACGGUUGUGUUACUCGGAUUAUGUGCCAGGCUGAGCACAGCAAAUCAGGGAACGCAAUACAGUGGGCUACGGACUGAUGAGGACGCCGGAGUCAGGGCGUGA